AUGACUUCGCUGUUGCGAGAGCUCGAGCCAGUCCCGAAAGUGGGCCCGGACUCAACCACCACAACUUCCCUCCCAAGCUUCACCGCGAGCUCACGCGCCACCGCCAAGCCCACCACGCCGGCGCCGAUCACAACCACGUCCGCCUCUUCAUUGGGCACCGAUCCGUGCUUCGCCGUCGAGAGCCACCUCGCUGGUCUGCCCGCCACCGCGAAGGCCCGGCAAAUCCCGCCGGAGGCGCUGAAUCUCAUCGUCCACCCCACAAUUCUUGUUUGCGAUUGCUCAAUCCACUUGACAAUUCAGCUUUCUCGGUGCUACGGUACAAUAGGCAAAGGGUGUGUGGCAAGGAAGGAUGGCAGGAUCCUGAAAACUUGGGCUGCAAUGGAAGGAUGCUAUGAUACUGAGGAAGAGAACCAGCUGGCAGUUUCGGUUGUGGGAAAUAACUUCUCGAGCAUAUUGUUAGAGAGGAUGUGGUUUGGGUCGAGCUCCUUUCUCGCUUCAUUAUAUGCAUCCACAGGAAAUCUCUUUCUAAGUCUUGCCUGUAAAGCAGCAAGCUCAUCUUUGUCUUUCGGGACCUAUGAGCAAAAGUGCCGGGAUAUUUUCCUUCUCGAUAAUUUCCAUCAGUUUUUCUAUGUACUCGAGGUUUCGAUAAAGUCCCAGCUGGAAAGCAUAUCUCAGAGACCCAUUGUUGGCCACCACAAUCAAAUCCCAAGAUUUCAUCACUCCACCCAACUCGAUAACCCUCCGAUUUUCUCCAAUAUUCAGCCUCCGCUUGAUUCACCUUCACUAUGUGUUCUUUAUUCAGAGGAUCCAAAGCAACGAUUCUUGAUAAAGGUCUCUAACGGGCUGUACAGCUUCUUCCUGAGUAUACUUUGGUUUAUACUUUGGAGGGCCUUUCCAUUUGGAAAUAGGAUUACACUUCACAACCACAACUGUGUCGGUAUAUGGAAUAUACAGAUUUCUAUUGUGCCCUUGCCUGGAGUAACCAGCUUCAUGCUGAUAACCUGCUCGUCUAUUGGUGGAAGCCUUGCACCAGUGCCAUGA